UGCAGUCAGACGGGCGCACUGAGAGGUGCUGCCUGUGGGGAGGAGGGAGCAUGGCCCCGCAGUGGGCCCUUCUCCUGGUCCUAGUGACUCUGCUGGCAGCGCUGGAGACGGAACAACAUGCCCCCAACGACAGAGGAUAUUCCUGGUAUCCAGAGCAGUGCACCAAGCCGCAGAGGGACUACAGACUUCAGUGGGACUACAGACUUCAGUUUACACCAGACAGAGACAGUUAUGGGGUGAAUGAGGAACUGCAGCUGACCUGCCCUGGACAUCUCAAGCCCUCCUUCAGCAGCAUCAAAUGUGCAGAGCAAUUCCAAGAAUCAAGUCCUAUCACACAAUACGUCUGGAUGGGGAGGAACAGCGCAGCUGCCUGGAUCCUCAUAGAAGGGGCCGUUCAGUGUGUUGAAACGUGCCAAAGGCCCCGCUGGGAUACAGAACUCCAUCUGGCACCAAACCUGGAGGAGUACAAGAACGAAGAAGUGAUGCUGAGCUGCCCCGAGGGUUUACAGCCAUCCUACACCCGUGUCAGAUGUGCGGGGGGAAAUGGGGCUUUGGAUUAUGCUGGAUCUGUAUAUAGAGGCACGUGGCUGGGGUGGAGCAGCUUUGGAACCUGGGUCCGCAUUGAGGAGACUGUGCAGUGCCUUGAACAGUGCAGCAAGCCGCAGUGGGACAACAGACUUCAGUUUACACCAGACAGAGACAGUUAUGGAGUGAAUGAGGAACUGCAGCUGACCUGCCCUGGACAUCUCAAGCCCUCCUUCAGCAGCGUCAAAUGUGUAAAGCAAUUCCAAGAAUCAAGUCCUAUCACACAAUACGUCUGGAUGGGGAGGAAGGUCUCUGGUGCCUGGAUGCUCAUUGAUAAGAACGUAUCAUGUAAAGGGAAAUGUCAGAAGCCACAGUGGGAUUCCAGGAUUCGUUUUGUCCCAGACCAGGAAUUCUACAACUUCAAUAAAGCGGUGACACUGACAUGCCCUAAUGGGUACUGGCCUUCUGCCAUGGAGAUCACUUGUGUGAAGCCAAGACCACACCAAAACCUCCCAGCUCCUCAGAGCAUCUGGUUUAUGAAGAACAGCACAGGCUUAUGGCCAUUGGCAGUGGGAUACAUGAGAUGUGUGG